UGCGUGCCUCCUCUCCUCCUCCUACCGAUGUCCCGUUGCCUCACAACCCAGAUGACCUUUUCGGUAAUUUAGAGCAAGAAUAACAAAGAAAUAAAUCACCCCAAAAAGAAACGCACCCCCCAGCUCCUAGCAUGCCUUGCGCCGAGCAGCGGGCUCUCCUGGAGAUGAACCUGCGGAGGGAGACGUGGUGCCAGGUGGAGGUGAGCCCCGCGCGGGCCUGGGAGCGGACCGAGAGGAGACACUACCGGGGCCACCUGCGCACCGGCCCGGUGCUCCGCGCCGCUCUGGCCGCCGGAGGGCAGCGCGGGGCGGCCCGCAGCGAGCGGCCGACCGGCCCCGAGCGGCCGGAGAGGAGGCACUUCGAGGAGAGCUAUCGAUCGCAGCUCGUCUAGCGACAACAAACACUCAAGAGACCUGAAGAAACUUCAUCAAUAUAAAGUAUCCAAGAGUUAGAGGAGUCUCACAAGUGUUUAUAAAUAAAUCAACUAGAAUAUA